AACACGUUUACCAUACUGCGUAACAUAUUUCGUUUAAUUAUUGUUGAAAUUAUUUUUGUGAUUUUAGUAAAUUUUGAUUAAUCGAUUUCUACCUUAUAAUAGCAAUAUGAGUGAAGAUAUGAAAACUCUUUGGUGUGGAAAUUUAAGCGAUAGAGUAACGGAAGAAAUUUUAUACGAAUUAUUUUUACAGGCUGGCCCUGUACAAAACGUCACUAUUCCUAAAGAUCGUAAUGGCAAACAAAGACCAUUUGGAUUUGUAACAUAUAAACAUGUUAAUUCUGUAUUAUAUGCUUUAGAACUAUUCAAUGGUACAUCUCUAUUUAAUCGUACUCUUAAUAUAAGCCAUCGGAAAAAUGUAGAAUUACCACAAAUAAACUACUCACAGGACAAUUUUAUAAAUUUCAAUAAUUGGCUUCAGUUAGGCCAGGAAAUGAUCUUAGGAAAUGAUAUAUCUUAUUUAAAAGAAGAUUCACGUGGAACAAAUAUGAUAUUAAACUCAGAUUUUCAGAUGAAAGAGACAAACAAUUGUUCUCAUAAGAAUGAUAGAAGAUCUCAACGGGCACAUCCUUAUCAUAGAGAUCAACAUAAACAUAGCAGUCAUCAUAUGGACCAUAGCUCUUCUAGAAAUCGUAACAGUCAUAAUAGUAAUCACUAUUCCAAACAAAAUUAUAAAAAUAGCAGACGUACUUAUUAAUAUUUCAUAAAACACAAAUACAAAUAACUUUCAUUAUUUACAAAUAAUAACAAAUCUCAUUUGUUUAUAAAAAAAGAUGGAAAAUUUUUUACAAUCUUAGGUCUAAUUUACUAAACUAAAAAAUAUAUAAUAUACACUUUAUAGUAGAAUUUCCUUGAUGUCAAAUGUUAGACAAUAAUAUAAGAUGUACUUCUUAUGAUUUAGUUUUAUUUACUUAAAUUAAAUUAAAAUUAGUAUUCAAUAAAAGAAUUAUAUUUGUCAUAUAUUAAUCAUUAGGUAUAUAAUAAUAAUUAUAUAAUUUAUGACAUUCUGUAUGAUUAGUGUAAACUUUUGUAUUAUGUUUAAUUAUAUGUGCAGCUUUUUCGGCUAUCAUUAUAACUGCAGCAUUAAUAUUACCACUUGGUAAAACCGGCAA